AUGACAAUAUAUUUUAUAUAUUUGCUUUCAUUAUUUUUCACGUUAAUUUUUGGUGAAAAAAUAUACACAACUAAUUAUGGUAAAGUUAUAGGAAAGAAACUAGUUUUCUCUAAUGGUAAAGUAACAGAAUUUUUGGGAAUUCCUUUUGCUAAACCACCUAAAAAAGAAUUGAGAUUUAUGCCACCAGUUCAAAUGAAAAUUCCAGCAUGGAAAAAUAUACUUCAUGCAACUACUCCGGCAAUUAGUUGUCCACAAUUGAUUACUAAAAUGAACUUUUCAGGAUCAGAUGAAUUUAAUCCAACUAAUAGGAUAGGAGAAAAUUGUUUGCAAUUAAAUAUGUGGGUUCCUAAAAAUAAAAGUGGUGCAACUAUAGUUUUUCUUCAUGGUGGAGCAUUUCGUCGUGGAUCAGGUUCAGUAGAUAUUUAUAAUGGAUCAGUUCUUGCAUUAGAAUCAGAAGCAAUCAUUGUUAAUCUUAAUUAUAGGAUAAAUAUUUUUGGAUUUGGUUAUUUGAGUGAUAAUAGUAGUAUUAAAGGAAAUAUGGGAUUUUUAGAUCAACAAAUGGGAUUAAAAUGGGUAUAUGAAAAUAUUGAAUAUUUUGGUGGUAAGAAAGAUAUGAUUACUUUAUAUGGUCAAAGUGUUGGUGGUGUAUCUGCAACAGCUCAUCUAUUGAAUAAAGAAAGUGUUAAGUAUUUUAAUAGAAUGAUUAUUUCUUCAGGAGUAAUUUUUAACAUUUUUGGUGCAGUUUUACCAAAAUAUAUAAAACGAAAUACUAUAAAUGUUGCAAAAAAAUUAGGUUGUCCUAUUAAAAAAAAAAAUUUAGAAAACAUUAUAUCAUGUUUAAAAGAAAAAAAACCAUCAACUUUAUUAAAAGCUAGUAAGCAUAUACGUGUACCAAAACAGAUGAUGUUAAAUAGUGUAUUUUCUCCGAUUCAAAAUGAUUCCGUUUUCUUUAAAAGGGACAUUAGAGAAUUAUUUGACAAAAAAACAUUUUAUAAACAUGUUGAUCUUUUAAUUGGAAGAACAUCUGAUGAAUCAUCUGUAUUUAUGCCUGAAUUUCUUUCCAAAUAUGGUUGUGUAUUUGACCCAUUAAUAUCCCCAGAAUCUCCAGAUAAUCAAUGUAAUUUAAGUCAACAAGUUUUUGAGGGCCUUUUUUCUAAACUUCACAAAAGUUUCGAGUUAACAGAAAGUGAAAAAGAACAAUUUAUUGCAAUAUAUAAUACAACUAAAUAUAAAAAUUAUAGGGAUAAAAUUAAAAGAUUUACUUCUGAUUUAAUGUUUGAUUGUCAAAUGAUAAAAUUUGCAAAUACAUAUUAUGAAACAGCUAAAAAAAAUGUGUAUUUUUAUGAGUUUAGAAAACGAUCACCAAUUAAUCCCUGGCCAAAAUGGAUGGGAGCAAUGCAAGGUAGAGAAUUAAAAUAUGUAUUUGGUCAUCCAUUUAGAUAUCCUUCUAAAUAUCCAAAAAAGAAUAUAGACGAUGAACAAAUGUUUUCAAGAAAAUUGAUGCAAUAUUUUGGUAGAUUUGCAAAAUAUGGAGAUUUUGGUAAACGUUGGCAAAAAUUUACUAAAAAUAAUAGAAAAGCACUUGUUAUAGAUGGAAGAUUUUCAAAAUCAAACAAAACUUUUUAUAUUAAAGCAUAUACAGAUACAUGUGUCAAAUUUGAUAAUAUAAUAAACAAAAUUAUUAAUCGUUAUAUUGAAAAAAUUCACACACUUAAAAAAUUUAAAAGAAAAUAA